AUGGAGAGUUCUAGCAUUGUUGCUUUUGUGUUUCUAACCGUUGCAUUCAUAAGUGCUUUAAACUUGUGCAGUGGAAAUGUGGAGGUGCUUCGCAAAGAAAGUGAGAGGCAAGCUCUUCUGAGAUUCAAAAAAGACCUCAAGGAGCCUAUGAACCGGCUAUCCUCUUGGGAUAGCAAAGCAGAUUAUUGCAGCUGGACUGGUGUUGCUUGCCAUAACAUAACCGGUCACGUCCUUGAGCUGCAUCUUGGUUCCCCAUACGAUGUCACGGAUGGUUAUGUAUUGAAUUCAACAUACAGCUUUGGUGGUAAGAUAAAUCCUUCUUUGCUUGAUUUGAAGUAUUUGAAUUACUUGGAUCUAAGCUGGAAUGAUUUUGAAGGCAUUCAAAUUCCCAGCUUCAUAGGUUCUCUUAAAAGUUUAACAUAUCUGGACCUUUCAUACGCUGUAUUUGGAGGGAUAAUCCCUCAUCAACUGGGAAAUCUCACCAAUCUCCGCUAUCUCUAUCUUUGCGAAAGCUCUUUGGUGGGUAACAUGCCAAGUGCCAUUGGGAACUUGACAUCUAUUAGAAUUCUUGAGUUGUCAAGUAAUGAACUUGAAGGGGAAAUACCAAAGUCGUUGGGAAAUCUGUGCAGGUUGAAGGAACUUCAUCUUGGUCACAACAAAUUGAAUGGUUCAAUAUCUGAAGUUUUUGAACUAUGGUCUAAGUGCACCAAAAAUAAUUCAAUUGAGUCGUUGACGUUAUUCGCCAACAAAUUCUCUGGUCAGUUGCCAAACCUUCUUGGAGAACAUAGAAAUUUAUUCCUACUUGAUAUUAGAUAUAAUUUGUUCUCUGGUCCCAUUCCAAAGUCUAUAGGAAAACUGUCCAGCUUACAAUAUUUAUAUGUUUCUUCCAAUCAAUUAAAUGGAAGUCUUCCCAAAAGUUUUGGUCAACUUGUGAAGUUAGAAGAGUUAGAUACAUCUAAUAAUCAAUUAACUGGAAGUAUUCCUGAAAGUUUUGGUCAACUUGUGAAGUUAGAAGCGUUAGGUAUGUCUAAUAAUCAAUUAACUGGAAGUCUUCCUGAAAGUUUUGGUCAACUUGUGAAGUUAGAAUUCUUUGAUAUGUCUAAUAACUCACUUAAGGGUGUGGUUUCGGAAAUUCACUUCAGUAGUCUUACAAGAUUGAAGUAUUUGAAGGCAUUUGGAAACUCAUUGACUCUUAAAACUAGUCUAAACUGGGUCCCUCCUUUUCAACUUGAGGUGUUGAACUUAAAUUCUUGGUAUUUGGGCCCACAACUACCUGUAUGGAUUCGGUGGCAACAACAUUUGUUGGAGUUACAGAUAUCCAAUACAGGAAUUUCAGAUACAAUUCCUGCCUGGUUUUGUAACAUCUCAUCUCAUUUACAAUAUCUAAAUCUUUCACGCAAUCAAUUCCAUGGGGAGUAUCCUUGUACAGUUCAUUCCAUGGCAGCUAUUGAUUUAAGUUCUAACCUAUUCAAUGGUUCAUUGCCAAUUCUCUCUUCCAACAUACCAAUAUUAGAUUUUUCCAAUAAUUCAUUUUCUGGGUCUGUUUUUCACUUCUUCUGUGACAAGAAUAAUAAUUUCACUCCGAUGGAGUAUUCGUUUGUUAAUCUGGAGAAUAAUUUUCUCUCGGGAGUAAUCCCAAAGUGUUGGAAGAAAUGGAAAAUGUUAUACGUUUUGAAUUUAAGAGGCAACAAUCUGGAAGGGGUUAUCCCAAGCUCCAUGGGAUAUUUGACUAAUCUUUUGUCACUACAACUGAGCAGAAAUAAUCUUUCCGGAGAAUUGCCUUUAUCACUUCGCGAGUGUACUGCCAUGUGUACUCUCGACAUUAGUGAAAACAAUUUUUUUGGAGCGAUACCCAACUGGAUAGGAAUGAGUUUGUUAAAAUUGAAGAUUCUUAAUCUUCAUUCAAAUAAAUUUGGAGGAGAUAUUCCUUUAGAGGUUUGCAGUCUGAAAGGUCUUCACGUAUUGGAUCUGGCACAUAAUAAUAUAUCAGGAACAAUUCCAAAAUGUUUCUACAAUUUGAGUGCCAUGACCACUUUGGCAAAUCCAGAUGACGACACCUCUGAAUACUAUUUCCCUACCUUGGGAGAUUCAGAUGAUUUUCUGGUGAGUGAGAAUGUGAAGUUGGUGACUAAAGGGAGGGAAAUUUCUUGCAGCUCCAUCCUUAACUUGGUAAGAAUCAUAGACCUCUCGGACAACAAUAUUCAAGGAGAGAUCACUGUCGAAUUGACAAGACUCCUCCAGUUGCAAACAUUGAAUUUGUCGAAUAACCAUUUGAGAAAAAUUCCUUCAAAAAUGGGUGAUAUGAAAGAUCUUGAAUCUCUUGAUUUGUCAAGAAAUCAGCUGUAUGGUGAAAUACCCGCAAGCAUCUCCAGUUUGACAUUUCUAAGUUACUUAGAUUUGUCUUAUAACAAUUUCACCGGAUGCAUUCCUACAAGCACGCAGCUUCAAUCCUUCAAUGAGUCCAGUUUCAUUGGCAAUCAACUUUGUGGAGCACCACUUCUGCAAAAUUGCUCUGUAAUUGAAACCACUCUGAAGGGAGGAAAACAAGAAUGGCAAGGCUAUUUAUUGGAAGAAAAUUCCUUGUUCUUGAGCUUGGGACUUGGAUUUGCAUUCGGUUUUUGGGGUCUGCUGGGUUCAUUGUUCUUCAACACGCCAUGGAGCAUUGCCUUCUGUGGAUUCCUAAACAGAAUUGUACUGAAACUUUAUGCUGUCAUCUUUGAAAAAUUUUAGUUUGCCC